ACAGAGUGUGCUGUGUGCGCGUCCGCAGGCCGCGCAUGCGCACGCGUUGGCAGGUGGCCAGGACCCUCCUUUGCCCGUCACUAGUAACAGCAGGCGGCCGCUGACUCCUCCCUGGAACCGGCCGGCCGGCGGCGGAGCGCGGAGGCGACAUGAGGCCAGAACCCGGCCGAUCUUUGUGACAGGGGGUCUGAAUACUUCUUAUUAAUCCGAAACCAUGGUGCAGAAAUAUCAGUCCCCUGUGCGGGUGUAUAAACACCCCUUUGAGUUAAUUAUGGCUGCAUAUGAAAGAAGAUUUCCUACAUGUCCUCUAAUCCCAAUGUUUGUAGCUAGUGACACUGUGAAUGAAUUCAAGAGUGAGGAUGGAGCUGUCCAUGUGAUAGAAAGGCGUUGUAAACUGGAUAUAGAUGCACCCCGGUUAUUGAAAAAGAUUGCAGGAGUAGAUUAUGUUUACUUUGUCCAGAAGAACUCCUUGAACAGACAAGAUCGGACUUUGCACAUAGAGGCCUACAAUGAAACCUUUUCUAACAGAGUCAUCAUUAAUGAGCACUGCUGUUACACAGUUCACCCUGACAAUGAAGACUGGACCUGUUUUGAACAGUCAGCAAGCCUGGACAUCAAGUCUUUCUUUGGCUUUGAAAGCACAGUGGAAAAGAUUGCCAUGAAACAGUACACCAGCAAUAUUAAAAAGGGGAAGGAAAUAAUAGAGUAUUACCUGAAGCAGAUGGAGGAAGAAGGGGUAAUGUUUGUUCCUCGUUGGACUCCUCCAGUUAUGUAUAAGCUGGAGAACAGCACAUCUCACUUAGCACGGCCAGUUUCUCCUGCUAUCAACAUACCAGAUGCUGCCACAAAGGAGGGACUGAACAAUAAGGAAGUGCUCAACACCUCCAGCAGCCCAUCAGAGCCCACAGCAGGAACACCUGAUGACAAACUCGACGCAGACUACAUCAAGCGGUACCUGGGUGACUUGACUCCAUUGCAAGAAAGCUGCCUCAUCCGACUUCGACAGUGGCUCCAGGAAACGCACAAGGGCAAAAUCCCAAAGGAUGAACAUAUUUUACGAUUCUUGCGUGCCCGGGACUUCAAUAUUGACAAAGCCAGAGAGAUUCUUUGCCAGUCACUAACAUGGCGUAAACAGCACCAGGUGGACUAUAUUCUGGAUACCUGGAACCCUCCACAAGUACUUCAAGAUUACUAUGCAGGAGGUUGGCAUCACCAUGACAAAGAUGGGCGCCCUCUGUAUGUGUUGAGGUUGGGACAGAUGGAUACCAAAGGCUUAGUGCGAGCUCUUGGGGAAGAAGCCUUACUUCGAUAUGUUCUUUCUAUAAAUGAAGAAGGACUGAGGCGAUGUGAAGAGAAUACAAAAGUAUUUGGCAGGCCUAUAAGCUCCUGGACCUGUCUGGUGGAUUUGGAGGGCUUGAAUAUGCGACACUUAUGGAGACCUGGUGUCAAAGCAUUACUAAGAAUCAUUGAAGUGGUUGAAGCCAAUUACCCUGAAACAUUGGGUCGCCUUCUUAUCCUGAGAGCUCCCAGAGUAUUUCCAGUCCUCUGGACACUGGUUAGUCCAUUCAUUGAUGACAACACCAGAAAGAAAUUCCUUAUUUAUGCAGGAAAUGACUACCAAGGACCUGGAGGGCUACUGGAUUACAUUGAUAAAGAAAUUAUCCCAGAUUUCCUUAGUGGGGAGUGCAUGUGUGACGUUCCCGAGGGUGGGCUAGUUCCGAAGUCUCUGUACCGGACUGCAGAAGAGUUGGAAAAUGAAGACAUAAAACUGUGGACUGAAACUAUCUAUCAGUCUGCAAGUGUCUUCAAGGGAGCUCCACACGAGAUUUUCAUUCAGAUUGUGGAUGCCUCGUCUGUGAUCACAUGGGAUUUUGAUGUGUGCAAAGGCGACAUUGUUUUUAACAUCUAUCACUCCAAACGAGUGCCACAGCCUCCUAAAAAGGACUCUCUGGGCACCCACAGCAUUACAUCUCCUGGGGGGAACAAUGUACAGCUCAUAGAUAAAGUCUGGCAGUUAGGGCGUGAUUACAGUAUGGUGGAGUCCCCACUUAUCUGCAAGGAAGGGGAGAGUGUGCAGGGGUCUCAUGUGACCAGAUGGCCUGGCUUCUAUAUUCUUCAAUGGAAAUUUCACAGCAUGCCUGCCUGUGCUACAACCAAUCUGCCUCGUGUGGAUGAUGUACUGGCAUCUCUACAGGUCUCCUCUCAUAAGUGCAAAGUGAUGUACUAUACAGAAGUUAUAGGAUCAGAAGAUUUCAGAGGAUCUAUGACCAGCCUUGAAUCAAGCCACAGUGGAUUCUCCCAGCUCAGCGCUGCCACAACCUCUUCCAGCCAGUCCCACUCCAGCUCCAUGAUUUCCAGAUGGCGAUUUUGCUGACAGCUGUAAAGAAACCGCUUCAUUCAACAGUCCACAUCUGCCCUGAGGUGUCUGGCUUUGUAGACCUUUUUGAGUUACAGCCACUUUUCAAGGCUGAAGAUCUCUUGGGUUUUUUUUAGUUAGCGGCACUUGGGGGUUUCCUCAAAGUCUAAUGCAUCUUUAAAAACUCAAAGCACAGGACAGCACAAACAGCUGAGGGGUUAAUACACCAGAAAAACAAGAUAAAGUUUCCUCUUAGUGAAGUGCUAUGGCAAAUAGGACUUACUUAUGCAGUUUGAAAUAGACUUGAUUAAUUUUAAUACCCUCAGUCUCCUCUUUUUCAUUGAUAUUGCUGUUCUUCCUUUCUGCCAACACACUGACCAUUCUGUUGGCUUUUCUCCCCUGUAUUACCAAUGUCCCAUCCCUGCCCUCUUGUCCAUAUUCAUGAAUUGCAUAUCAAAUUCUGUAAAUGUUUUGUAAACAUAUUACCUCACUGUUGGUAAUAAGAAACAGUCUUUAAAAGAUUUUUUUAUUGUUAUUAAUAAUAAAUGUGAACUGUUUGGGGAAAAAAAUCCGACUCCUUGUAGCAACGGCAAUCUUUGGCAUCAGGUGUAAUGCACAGUGGAAACUGCUGAAGGGUUUAAGUGUCUCCCAGUGGGAUUCUGCAAUGCUACCGCAGGACUGGCAAAGAGAGUCCUCUUCAGCUUGUGCUGUGGUUUACCUUUUCCUGUUUCAAGAUGUAGCUUGGUCAUUGCAAACGAGUGGGCUUUUCCAAGCAGAGCGUAGGACCUAGACAGCAAGGGCAAGGUGUAUUGGAAAGGAGGGGUUGUCUUUUCCACAAGGAAAUUGUCUCACACUGUGAUAGGACCCAGCUUCUCAGAGGAAUUACCCCACAGCCCAUUUUCCUCUGGUAUUGCAAACUCUCUACCCAUGUUAUGAAUAGCCAAGAGGAACCAUGAUAAUUAAAGCUGGAUAUGUUGUAAUAUCUUGGAAAACAGAGCCAAUAAAUCUGUCAUUAUAUAAAGAAACCACUUCUGUGCUUUCACCGGAGAGAAAAUGGUUCCAAAUCCUUUGAUCCAGGUUUGGUGUGGUAGCUACUCUACCAGCAGAGCCAAUGCAUUGCAAUAGUGUCUGUUUUUGGUGUAAUAGCUGUACCUCACAAAAUGUUUUCUUUGAGCCAGAGUCCAUUCCAGAAACAAAACUCAGUACCACAUGGGCACGUCUACUAGAAUUCAGCUGACUUAUCACAAACUGAAAUUGUUAGCCACCUGACCAAGUUCAAUAGUAGAGGCUUCUUCCAUUCACCACCCUGCACUUUUUUGUCACAAGAGUGACCUAUGAAGAGUGUUAGUCAUCAGUUGUAAUGACAAGUCUUCUGCAAAAGCGGAGGUAAAUUUAAAUAAAGAUUCUAAAGCAAAGAACAUCUCUUGCCUGCCACCUGAAGGUAAACCUAC